GUUCAACUACGUUUAUCAGGCAGCGAGCAUCCAGUAAGAAGAACAUCAACUUCCCAAAAAAACAAAUGUCUGAAGUGGAUCAUCAACCCACCAAGAAAGUCGCCGAUCGAUACCUGAAGUGUGAAGUCCUCGGCGAAGGUACCUACGGUGUAGUCUACAAAGCCAUCGACACCAAGAUCGGAAAAACUGUUGCGAUUAAGAAAAUACGCCUUGGGAAGCAGAAGGAAGGUGUGAAUUUCACUGCACUUAGAGAAAUUAAAUUGCUGAAAGAGCUUAAGGAUCCACAUAUAAUUGAGCUAAGCGAUGCCUUUUUCCAUAAGGGGAAUUUGCUUCUCGUGUUUGAGUUCAUGGAGACGGAUCUUGAAGCAGUCAUUCGUGAUAGAAAUAUUGUUCUUUCGCCAGCUGAUAUAAAGUCGUACCUUCAGAUGACCCUGAAAGGACUCGCUUAUUGCCACAAGAAAUGGGUAUUGCAUAGGGAUAUGAAACCGAACAAUUUAUUGAUAGGACAACAUGGACAGCUUAAACUUGCGGAUUUUGGUUUAGCGCGCAUAUUUGGGAGUCCAAAUCGAAGGUUCACCCACCAGGUUUUCGCUCGAUGGUAUAGAGCGCCUGAGCUGUUGUUUGGUGCCAAACAAUAUGGUCCUGGGGUGGAUGUUUGGGCUGCAGCAUGUAUAUUUGCUGAACUACUGCUACGCCGACCUUUCCUGCAGAUGCUUAUAUUUAUGCUAGUUUUGGUGAUAGUUUGA